AUGUAUUGUCUACCUCUCACUCAUUCACUUUAUCCCUCACUUAAUCACUCACUGUCUCUGCCUCAUGUAUUGUUUACUUCUCACUCAUUCUCUUUAUCCCUCACUCAAUCACUCACUGUCUCUGCCUCAUGUAUUGUUUACCUCUCACAUUCCCUUUAUCCCUCCUCAAUCACUCACAGUCUCUGCCUCAUGUAUUGUCUACCUCUCACACAUUCUCUUUAUCCCUCACUCAAUCACUCACUGUCUCUGUCUCAUGUAUUUUCUAACUCUCACUCAUUCUCUUUAUCCCUCACUCAAUCACUCACUGUCUCUGUCUCAUGCAUUGUCUACCUCUCACUCAUUCUCUUUAUCCCUCACUCAAUCACUCACUGUCUCUGCCUCAUGUAUUGUCUACCUUUCACUCAUUCUCUUUAUCCCUCACUCAAUCACUCACUGUCUCUGUCUCAUGUAUUGUCUACCUCUCACUCAUUCUCUUUAUCCCUCACACAAUCACUCACUGUCUCUGCCUCAUGCAUUGUCUACCUCUCAUUUAAUUUUCUUUAUCCCUCACUCAAUCAUUCACUGUCUCUGUCUCAUGUAUUGUCUAUCUCUCACUCAUUCUAUUUAUCCCUCACUCAAUCACUCACUGUCUCUGCCUCAUGCUUUGACUACUUCUCAAUCAUUCUCUUUAUCCCUCACUCAUUAAAUCACUGUCUGUCUCAUGUAAUGUCUACCUCUCACUCAUUCUCUUUAUCCCUUACUCAAUCACUCACUGUCUCUGUCUCAUGUAAUGUCUACCUCUCACUCAUUCUAUUUAUCCCUCACUCAUUCACUCACUGUCUCUGUCUCAUGUAUUGUCAACCUCUCACUCAUUCUCUUUAUCCCUCACUCAUUCACUCACUGUCUCUGUCUCAUGUAUUGUCUACCUCUCACUCAUUCUCUUUAUCCCUCACUCAAUCACUCACUGUCUCUGUCUCAUGUAAUGUCUACCUCUCACUCAUUCUCUUUAUCCCUCACUCAUUCACUCACUGUCUCUGUCUCAUGUAA